AUGACACCUAAGGUUUUAGAGCAGGAAGGAGCAGCUGGUGCGAAGCCACCCGGCAGCAGCUGGAAAGUUUGUCUCACCACAAAGAAGUUGGACUGGGGAGACGAUGGCAGCUGCAAAGCAGAUGGCCAAGUCUACCCGAACAAGGACAUCUGGAAGCCGGAACCGUGCCGACUCUGCGUCUGUGACAACGGUCAGGUCCUCUGCGACAGCAUCCAGUGCGAAGAGCUGACCCACUGUGAAAAGAUGUUCAUCCCCGAGGGGGAGUGCUGCCCUAUUUGUCAGAGCGGAACCUCUGGCGGCGGCGGCGGAGGCAGUUAUGGUGGGGGCAGAAUUUACAAGGGCCAGAAAGGAGAGCCUGGUGAUGUCCCACUUGUGACUGGAAUUCGAGGUCGUCCUGGGCCUAUGGGACCACCUGGUUCCCCAGGAGAUAGAGGACCCAGAGGAAACAAAGGAAGGCCUGGGCUGCGAGGUUCUCCAGGGUUUGAUGGAGAGCCAGGAAUUCCAGGUCAGCCUGGUGAACCAGGACCUCCAGGACACCCAACUCACCCAGGAGGCCUUGGCUCACAGAUGGCUGGAGUGUUGGAAGGGAAAAAUGCACCCCAAAGCAUGUUAAGUGGCGCAAGGGGUGAAGCUGGAGCAAGAGGACCUCCUGGGCCAACUGGUUCUCCUGGUCAAUCUGGAGUACAAGGACCUCCUGGAGAUGUUGGUGAUCCUGGGCAUAUGGGUCCGCCUGGGCAAAGAGGACCUGAGGGCCCUGCAGGAAAAGCAGGAGAAGAUGGUGAAGCAGGAAAGUCGGGAAACACUGGAGAGGUUGGAUUCCCAGGAUCACAAGGAGCAAGAGGAUUUCCAGGUACACCCGGGCCUCCCGGACUAAAAGGUCAUCGAGGCCAUUCAGGACCACUCGGACUAAAGGGAGAACGUGGAGCUGUUGGAUCCAAGGGUGCCACAGGCCCGCCUGGUCCAAUGGGAGGACCUGGACCAAUGGGUCCUGCUGGGAUGCCAGGGGAAAGGGGCCGCUCUGGACCCGGUGGUACAGCGGGUAAGCGGGGAAUGCCCGGUAAUGUCGGAAAACCAGGACCAUUGGGUCCCCUGGGUCUCAGUGGCCCUCCUGGAUAUCCGGGGUCACCAGGCAUGAAGGGACAACCUGGCCCCACUGGUGUCCGUGGUCCAGAGGGUCCUCAGGGCCAACGAGGAGAGACUGGACAUCUGGGUAGACCUGGAGCAGUUGGCCUAAGGGGACCCACGGGUACAGAUGGUGGCCCAGGAGCCAAAGGACCAUUGGGAAACCUUGGUCCACAAGGUCCAGGUGGCCAUCUUGGACCUGCUGGCCCUCCAGGACCUCAGGGAAGCACAGGGCAACCUGGUAUCAAAGGACAAUUGGGAGAUGUUGGUGUACCAGGAUUUAAGGGAGAGGCUGGACCCAAAGGAGAAAUUGGUCCUCACGGAUCCCAGGGAGUCAUUGGACCUCAGGGAGAAGAAGGGAAGAGAGGACCUCGUGGAGACCCUGGAACUGUCGGCCCCCCGGGUCCUGUUGGCGAGCGAGGUGCGCCAGGUAAUCGAGGAUUUCCUGGUGCUGAUGGGCUGCCCGGGCCAAAGGGUUCACAAGGAGAUCGUGGAACGUCAGGCGUAUCAGGACCAAAAGGUUCUUUAGGAGACCCUGGCCGUACAGGAGAACCUGGUCUACCAGGUGCAAGGGGUCUUACUGGUACUCCUGGAGUCCAGGGAGCUGAAGGAAAGCCAGGGCCUCUGGGGGCCCCUGGUGAAGAUGGUCGCCCAGGCCCUGCAGGCUCCAUUGGAAAUAGAGGACCUGCAGGAACAAUGGGAAUACCAGGCCCGAAGGGUUUUGCUGGUGACCCGGGUAAGACAGGCGAACAAGGAUCGGCAGGAGUACCAGGUCAAAGAGGGGCUCCUGGCAAAGAUGGAGAAGUUGGCCCCGCUGGCCCACCUGGCCCAUCCGGUGUUGCAGGAGACAGAGGAGAACAGGGACCUCCAGGUGUAAAUGGAUUCCAGGGUUUACCAGGAAAUCAAGGUCCUCCAGGAGAAUCCGGGAAGCCAGGUGACCUAGGUAUUCCUGGAGAACUUGGUGCUGUUGGUCAAAUUGGCCCUAGGGGCGAGCGUGGAAUUCCAGGGGAGAGAGGCGAACUGGGUUCAAUUGGUCUGCAGGGACCCAAAGGAAUCCCUGGAGCACCUGGUCCUGAUGGGCCAAAGGGCAGUCCUGGUCCUCCUGGUGUGCUUGGUGAUGUGGGCCCUCCUGGUCUUCAGGGAAUGCCAGGGGAAAGAGGCAUCCCAGGACCCUCUGGGCCAAAAGGUGACAGAGGAGCCAUUGGCGAAAAAGGAUCAGAAGGUACACCUGGAAAUGACGGCGCAAGGGGUGCACCUGGCCCUGUUGGCCCAUUAGGACCUGCAGGCCCUAGUGGUGAAAAGGGAGAACCUGGACCUAAAGGACCCGCUGGACCUCCAGGUUCUAGAGGGGUGCCUGGAGCAAGAGGCGACCCUGGUCCAAUCGGUGCAGUUGGUUUUGCUGGACCACCAGGUCCUGAUGGCCAACCUGGAGUAAAGGGAGAGACUGGAGAGCCUGGUCAGAAAGGAGAUGCUGGGUCCCCUGGACCUCAAGGCUUAGCUGGUGCUCACGGUCCUCAAGGGCCUAUUGGUGUUGCUGGACUGAAGGGUGGAAGAGGAACACAAGGUGCACCAGGGCCUACUGGUUUCCCAGGAUCUGCAGGAAGAGUUGGCCCACCAGGUCCAACAGGUCCAAUUGGGGAACCUGGACCACUAGGAGCUCCUGGAAAAGAGGGUCCUGCCGGUCUUCGUGGUGACCAUGGAGCAAACGGAAGACAAGGAGAGCGAGGACCACCAGGACCUCCGGGAACCCCAGGAGACAAGGGAGAUUCAGGAGAAGAUGGCCCUACGGGUCCUGAUGGUCCUCCAGGCCCAGCAGGAACUACAGGCCAGAGAGGCAUUGUGGGUCUUCCAGGUUUGCGCGGAGAACGGGGAAUGCCAGGUCUCCCAGGGCCAGCUGGACCACCAGGCAAACAGGGAUCCCCAGGAGCAACUGGAGACAAAGGCCCUCCAGGACCAGUGGGCGUUCCAGGGGCUAAUGGGCCACGUGGUGAUGCUGGUCCUGAUGGCCCUGCAGGCUCUGAUGGCCCACCAGGCAAAGAAGGAGUUCUUGGACAACGGGGAGACAGAGGGGAUCCUGGUCCAGAAGGUUUGGCAGGUCCUCAAGGACUUCCGGGUCCAGCAGGUCCUGUUGGUGUUGCUGGAGAAGCUGGAAAACGAGGACAUGCUGGUUCAAGAGGACCUGUUGGUCCUCCUGGAGCCGCUGGAAAGAGAGGUCUUGUGGGACCCCAAGGACCACGAGGGGAUAAAGGUGACUUAGGUGAUCAUGGAGAGAGAGGACAGAAGGGUCAUCGUGGAUUUACUGGUUUGCAGGGUCUUCCUGGACCUCCUGGUACAACAGGUGAACAGGGAGCGUCUGGAAUUGUUGGACCUAACGGUGCAAGGGGGCCACCUGGUCCUAUCGGGCCCCCUGGAAAAGAAGGAUACAUUGGACAGCCUGGCCCUAUGGGACCUCCAGGAUCACGUGGAAUAAGCGGAGAAGUUGGACCAGAGGGCCCUCCAGGAGAACCCGGACCCCCAGGCCCUCCUGGACCACCAGGACCUCCCGUGGCAGCUAUAGAUGAUCUCUUUGGCCCUCAUGAAUAUGAUGAUGCUCCCCCUCCUCCACCAGAGUUCAGUGAGGAUGAGGCUCUACCCAACAGCAACUCCUCGACCGUGCUACCUGUGGACCCUGGUGUGCAAGCCACUCUAAAAGCCCUCAGCAGCCAGAUUGACAGCAUGAAAAGCCCAGAUGGCAGUAGGAAGCAUCCAGCGAGAACCUGUGAUGACCUCAAGAGAUGCUACCCCUCAAAGAAGAGCGGAGAAUACUGGGUGGACCCCAACCAAGGUAGUGCAGAGGAUGCCAUCAAAGUGUACUGCAACCUGGAGACAGGGGAGACCUGCAUCUCAGCCAACCCAUCAAGCCUACCUCGUAAAAACUGGUGGAGCUCAUCCAAGAACAAACCUGUUUGGUUUGGAGCUGACAUUAAUGGAGGAACACAGUUCACGUAUGGAAACAAAGACCAGUCGGCAAAUGCCCUCAGAGUCCAGAUGACUUUCAUUCGCCUGCUUUCCAAAGAAGCAUCCCAGUCCAUCACUUACCACUGCAAGAACUCUGUGGGCUACAAGGACCUGAAGACAGGCAAUUUGAAGAAGGCUGUGGUACUAAAAGCCUCCAAUGACCUGGACCUCAAAGCAGAGGGAAACAACCGCUUUAGAUACACCGUAGUGGAAGACUCCUGCACUCAAGCAAAUGGCAACUGGGGCAAGACAGUGUUUGAGUACAGGACACAGAAAACAGCCAGACUUCCCGUUGUGGAUAUCGCCCCUGUGGACAUUGGAGGCCCAAAUCAAGAAUUCGGCAUUGAUAUCGGGCCAGUCUGCUUCUUAUAA